AAGUAAUCACAGUGAGCACUUCGAUUCAAGUUCAACAAAAUGACUUCCGAGCAACCCAAUGGCACAACAGAAUGGCUUCGCCAGGACCCCCCGAAACUUCCGCCAGGAUACGACAAGCAUCAUAUCGUCUUCCUGGAAGCAGUGCACGUGCCAUUGGCUGAGUUGCCCUUCGAGUUCACGAUUGACAAGUACCUCAAGACCGAACCAAGUCAAAUCGCAGAAAGGAUCAAGCCAGCCACAAUAGUAAUCUCCAAUGUUAUCAAUGUCAAGCCUUUGGACAUGGACAAUGCGCCCAACUUGCAACUUCUGGCGGUCAUGGCUACCGGAAUGGGCUGGGUAGACAAGGGGUAUUGUGCCAGACGAGGCAUCUCCGUGGUUAAUGCUCCAAGUGCCAAUAUCGAUGCUGUCUCUGAACACUUUCUCGCACUUUAUCUGGCUACUCGCAAGCGAAUAGGAGUCUUUGACCAGCACGUGAAAACUUCUGACGAAUGGCAACGAACCAACUCUUUAGUUAAAACGGUCUUUCCUGAUGGUUUACCUCUGGGAGCGAGCCAAGAAACGCUCGGAAUCAUGGGCUAUGGAGCGUUAGGGAAGAACAUUCAGCGGCUUGCUCAGGCGAUCGGCUUCAAAGAGAUUCUCAUUGCUGAGCGUAGAGGCACUUCACAAGUCAGAGAAGGUCGGACUCCCUUCGAAGAGGUCAUCAAGCGAAGCUCGACAAUUGUGUUGGUAUUGCCCCGUGAGCCAGACACUGUCAAUCUUAUUGAUGAAGCAGAACUGAAAGCGAUGCGGAAAGAAGCCAUUGUGAUCAACAUCGCGCGAGGAGGCAUCGUAAAUGAGGCAGCUCUUGCCAAAGCUUUGAGGGAAGGAUGGAUUUUUGGAGCUGCGGCCGAUGUCCUCGACACUGAACCUGGAGGACCGGGUUCCACUCCAUUAUUGCCGGACUUGAGCAAAGGUGAGGAGCCUGUACCGAACCUGCUCAUCACUCCGCACACCGCUUGGGUCGCACAGCCUACACUAAGCAAUCUGCGGGCAAUCAAUCGUGAUGGAAUGACUGCAUAUGUGGAAGGCAGGAUGUACGAUCCCAAGAGUAAGCACAUGGUUGCAGUGCACGAUGGCAAGAUUUGGAAGUGAAGAAUUGCGGCUUCUGUGCCAUUUUGAGAAUCGCGGCUUCGCCCUUGCCCAAGAUCGCACCUGACCAAGUAGCCUCACGUCACUCAAGCUUCGGCAGUGGCGUGUAAGGUAGGGAAGGACCAAAGCGCGAAUUGCUGUCAAAUGGAGAAUAGGCCGUACUUUGAGCACAGCACGAAGAUCCAAAACAACAAUCGUACAGCAUAACAUCUU